ACCACUUCCCCGUCCCCGUCGUCCGCCCUGACCGAGCGCGAGCCCGAAGACCUUCUUUGCCCCCUCCCACCUUCCGCGCCUCGUCCACGCCGCCGCAGCUGCAGCGGCCCCUUUUCCUUCGCCGGGGGAAGGGAACCUCGGCGGCGCGGCCUGGGACGUCUUCUCCGCGGGGAGAGGAGGAGGAGGCGGGCUGGGCGCGUGCGUGCGUGGGGUGAGCGAGCCAUCCACCGUAGAGGACGAGGCGGGGGAGGUUCCCCUAGGGUUUGCUUUGCUGCCUCUGCGGCGCGGGGAUGUACGUGCCACGGCCCUCUCGCUCCGAUGGCGGCGGCCGCGACGCCGAGCAGCCUAGGGUUUACCAGGUUUGGCGCGGAAACAACAAAUUCUUCUUGCAAGGGAGGUUUAUAUUUGGGCCUGAUGCUAGAUCCUUAUUUCUCACUAUGUCCCUCAUUGUUGCACCUGUGCUCGUGUUCUGUGUGUUUGUUGCCAGACACCUCAUGAAUGACUUUCCUAAUCAUUGGGGUAUCUCAGUGAUGGUAGUGGUAGUUGUCUUCACCAUUUAUGAUUUGAUCCUACUUCUUCUUACAUCUGGUAGAGACCCUGGUAUAAUACCUCGAAAUACUUAUCCUCCUGAACCUGAAAGCGUUGAUGGGAGCAAUUAUAGUAGAGGGCAGACACCCCAGCAAUUCCGUUUGCCUCGGACAAAGGAUGUCAUUGUAAAUGGAAUCAGUGUGAAGGUUAAAUACUGCGACACCUGCUUGCUGUACCGGCCUCCCCGAUGUUCACACUGUUCUAUUUGCAAUAACUGUGUGGAACGGUUUGAUCAUCACUGCCCAUGGGUUGGCCAAUGCAUAGGACAGCGCAAUUAUCGGUUCUUCUACAUGUUUGUAUUCUCCACCACAUUAAUCUGCCUCUAUGUAUUUGCCUUCUGUUGGGUGUACAUAAUCAAGAUUAGAGAAGCCGAGCAGUUGUCAAUUUGGAAGGCAAUGUUGAAGACACCAGCUUCAAUUGUUCUGAUUAUUUACUGUUUUCUUUGUGUAUGGUUUGUCGGUGGUCUGUCAGUCUUCCAUUUCUAUCUCAUGAGCACUAACCAGACAACAUACGAAAAUUUCAGGUACCGCUACGAUCGUCGCACAAACCCGUAUAACAGAGGUGUUCUGAGCAACAUUCUAGAGAUAUUCUCCAGCCGUAUUCCUCCCUCAAAGAACAAUUUCCGUGCAAGGGUCACGGUAGAACAAGGGGUACAAGAAGCACGGUCGUCAUCCAGGGGUUUCAUGAGCCCGAACAUGGGCAAGCCCGUUGGAGAUCUUGAAAUGGGCAGGAAGCCAGGAUCUUGGGAUGAGCCGAGGACGGCAGCUCAUAUUGGAGACCUGGAAGUUGGUCUCGGUGGCUCCAUGGAUGAGAAAGAGGGCAGGUUAACCCAUGCAUCCCCAGAUGUAAGCGGAGAUGACGAUCUUCAACCUGAGCUCGUGGAAGGCCAAGCUGGCACGCAUUCGAGGCGGUCAAGCUGGGACCGCAGAACUGGGACCUCGGAGUCAUUGGACAGCGACUCUCCGCAAACAGCGCCUGCUGAGGAAGCUAACAAAGGCAGCCAUCUCCCAACGAUGGGCACACAUUAGCGAAAAUCGAAACUAAAAGUACAGAUCACUCCAACUCUUGCAUGCAGCGUGCUGCUGUGGCUCAGGUCCUGAACAGAGAGUAACGUGUGGUGUGUUUGGCAAGGGUAAAAGCUCUCGGACAAGUGUGCGUAAUUUGUAAAAAGACGCUUCCUGUUUUCCGUGCCGGGUAGUGCAGUGCAUCAGAUCGGUCGUGCUUCUGUUGUUGUGUUUAUUUGGUGAUGGUUGGUGUGUUAAGAAAGUAGCUCAAGCUCCGGCCCCGGAUGGUCUGCUUGGGAUGAUGUAUGUGUAAUGCUGUAUAUAUAUGUGUAUAUUACUGGACAGAUUGUGUUUGUUUCUUUGUUGGUGCUUCA